ACAAUUAAUCGAAGAAAUAUUGAGACAAGAAGCAUUCAACGAAAAAUAUAUUAUCAUACCAUUCAUUCAGCUGCGUUGUAAAACAGAUGAAAGCAUAAAACCAAGUAAUGGUCUUGGUGAGCAACGAAUGGCAGAAUAACAAGGAUGACGAGCACAAGUCCACGACGGAUGUGAACAGCGUGGGCACAACACCGGCGCUUCUGGAUACCACGCUGACCGCUCACGCUAUACGAGGCGCCUUGCAAUCAAGCGCCGGUCAGGUGUUGAAUACGGCGGUAAAUAGUCCGAGCAAUCGUAACAAUCAAAACGAGGUAACUGCAGCAGUAGCAGCAACAACGACAACGACAGGCGGUCAAUCAGCAACAGUCGCAACUUCUGAAGGCAAACGCCAUCGCACUGGCCACGGCAAGAGUAGCAAGAAUAAACACAUGAUGGAUGUUAAAAAAUCUGACGAUGAUACAAUGGAUAAAACGGCGCGGGAGAAGCACGAGAGCGAGACCCGCGAGCAGACUGAUAACAUCGAAGGCUUAGAAAUGAACAGCAACUCAACGCCGAUACCAUCCUCCAAUUUAGAGGCAGAAAAUAAUAACAUGGAAGAAUAUAAUGAGCAGAACAAUUCGCAGAGUGAAAUAACACCGCCGUGCGAUUCCAAUACAAAUACAUUGCAAAGUCUGGGGACGCGUCAGCAGCAAUUACAACAAAUCGCACAGCAGGCACUGCCAAUUGCGCUUAAUUCCGUGAUAAACUCAAAUAAUGCUACGACUAUAGCAACAAGUGCGACUCCAGCAACGCCGGCAAGCAAUCUGUUCAGUUCACUAGGCCUGACUGGACUGAACAAUGGUGCCUUACAACAACAGCAACAACAUCAACAACAACAGCAGCAACAACAACAGCAGCAGCAACUGCAGCUACAGGAAGUGAUAAAUGCUAGCAAUUGCAGCACGCUGCUCGUCUCACAAACGUCGCCUGGGGAAAUGGACAACGGCAUUGACAUUGACACAAACGGCGAGGCGAAGAUCGUGUUGCAUUGCGAGCCCAAGUCGCAUAAGUUCGAGACGCGCACCAUUGUCCUGAUGCCUAAUCAGGAGUGCAAGGUGGGCCGACUGAUAGCCAAGAGCAAGGCGAGCGAGGGCAAUGCCAUAUUUGAUUGCAAGGUGCUAUCGCGCAAUCAUGCCAUGCUCUGGUACACUCCGGACGGUCAUUUCUGGGUGAAGGACACCAAGUCCUCCAAUGGAACUUUCAUCAAUGACAACAAGUUGGGCAACGACCCGGCCGAACUGCACUUUGGGGAUACUGUGAAAUUUGGCGUGGAGGUCAUAGAGAAUUCGCGCCAGGAGGUACAUGGCUGUAUCAUUGCGCGCGUUACUCUUUUCUUGCCUGAUGGUCGUGAGGCUAUUUCAAUAGAUCAGGAGCAAGUGCAGCUUGCUGGACCUAAUCGCAUAUCUUUUGAUGAGAUACAGCGACUUAAUGCGUUCAUGCAGGAGGCGGCUCAGCGCGAGAAAAUGCUUAAAGCCAAACUGAGCAGCCUGCAGAAUGUCCUUGACUCGACACGCAAGAAUUCUGCCAUGUGUUGGCAGUCAAUGAUCACUGAAGAUCAGCUGCUGCACAAAAUCAAUCUGCUGGAGAAAAAGCUGCAGAUGAUGGAGAAGAAUGUGCCCGAGAAUGCCCUGCGAAAUGAGAUUGUUAAGAUGCUUGAGGACAAAACGUCGUAUCAACUUACUGCCAAAGAAGCCCUGCGCAAGGUCUAUCAGGAGCGUUGCGAUGCCAUGCAAAUGCUGUCCAAGAUGGAGCUGGCCUAUGCCUCGUCGGAAAAUGAGUGCACCAUACUGCGCGCGCAAAUUUUGAAUUCUAAGCAGACGCUAAACGAUUUCAAUACGCGCCUCGAGCAGCUGCAACUGGAGUAUAUGGAGUACAAGCAAGAGUCGUUGCGUCAGCAACAAGAGGCUAAAGCCCAGGAGGAAUUGCAUUUGCAGCAGUUAAAGGAGCAGCUCGAAGCAAAUGAACGCGAGGCCGAGGAGCUGCGUGUACAGGUCAGCAUAUUACAGCGUACCGUGAGCGAGCACGACAGGGAACAUAUAUUGCAGGAGCAACAGGCGCUGAAGCGACUCGAUGAUGCUAUUGCUGAUGUAGGGGUCGAUAAUGACGACGAUGACGACGAUGAUGAUGAGGGAGACGACGACAAUGAUGAUGAUAACAACGACCACGACAAUAUUAACGAGGGCGCUGAAGUCGCAGCUGCCAUGCUAGAGCUUGCACUGAGCCAAGAGAAACGGGAAGGGCAAGCAGAGCUGGAUCAGAACCCUGAAAGCAACGGCGAGCCGUUGACACCACGAAAGAGUGUGAAAAAGAAGAAGAGUAAGAAAGCGAAACAGGAUGGAUUCGAUUUGAAGCAUAAAGUUGUACGCAAGUCAACAGUCAUGAAAUGGUUAAAGGACUCUGACCUCAACAAAGGCGAGGGUGGCCACGACAUACUAAAAGCCAUUUUCAACAAUGCCGAUUCCGGCGGCGAGGAAAACGAACCGCUGCUUAGUCCGGGUGAGCUUAGUGCUGGCACAAGUUCACCAAUUGCCGGCAACAACAACAGCAAUCCCGUCGACAGCGAUGGUGAUGUGGCCAUAACAGAUAUAACGGCCAGCAGUGAAUUUGUGCACAAUUCGCCUAAGCACGGUAGAUUAAAUGGUAGUUGUAUUGACGAAAAGGAGGAACCUCUGGAGCAGAUGCAGAAUCAGAAGCCGGAGGAAACACAGGAGGCACUUGCGCAUAAUUCCGAGGAAGUGCUUUUAAGUUCAGUUGAUUUGCUGCCGGAACAGACACUAGAGAUGCUCGAAGCUGAAUGCGAAUUCUAUAAGCAGAAAACUUCCACGCUAACUAGCGAUAUUACUACAUUGCAGGAACAAAUGGAUGAUCUUAAGCAACAGUUACAAAAGCAGGGUGAGACGGAUAAGCCCGACCGCAGCAGCCUGAGUGUGGAGAGCGGCUAUGAGAACAUUGCCAAUCAGGCUCAAAACUUUGAGCAGGAAAUAGCCGAGGACUUGGCCUCCAUGAACAAUGCGCAGGUGGAGCGCGAAGAAGAACUGAUUGUCUACAAAGAGCGUUUGGAGCAGUCCGAAAGCAGCAAUCUGCAGCUGCGUAACGAAAUCUCACAGCUUCGCUUGAAGCAGCAGCAACAGCCAUUACCCCAUAAUUAUCAGUUAGUAUGCCGCGCUUUGCCCUUCGGCUGCAUGGCACUGGCGGCUAUCGUGUAUUUUCUUUUAAAUCGCUUGUAACCGUACCUAAAAUGCUAAGACAUUAAGCAAUGGAAGGAUAAAGUGAAAGUGGUAUCUGCCGUCUUACACAGAAGUUACAUAUAUGAAUAGUGUUGAUUGAGCUUUAUUCAAUUUCUUUUGCUUUGUUUCCAAUUUCUUUCGAGCGCAAAAUUAUUAGUCGUAAAUUUGAAUUAAAAAACAUAUUUAAAUGAAAAAAUAAUAAUAAUAAACAAACUCCGUUUAAUUUAAAUAAAUAUGAUAAAGUCGA